AUGGCCAUCGUCAACCGCUCAUCUUCUGCUAGAACCAUUGGCAAUCCAACACCAACCCAUCAUACCCAUUACCACAAAAUCACAUUUCUAAUGAGAAAUGUGCUCAAUGUGAGUUACCCCUCAUCAAGACCAGCAACCACCAAAGUCACUGGUCAGCUUCCCUUCCAAAAACCAUUAGGCCUUUUCCCCCCCAAGGGAGCAAUCCCCCUAUUUGGGUCUAAUCCCAUGAUUCCGAGCACCGGACUGUCCACUCAAACGCUCGAUUUAUCGAGCAUUGGCCUAUCUUUUCCAGCUAGAGCUACUCUUCAAGAACUGGAGUUUGGGACAGUGACAGUAAUAGAGGAAGAAAUAUUUAAAGUUAAAGGUUCGAGCAACAGUAUGUCCCCAAUACUUGGAAAAGCAAAAGGGAUAUAUGUGGCUAGCUCAGAGGAUGGCAGUAGCCACAUGAUAGCGAUGACUGUAUAUUUUGCUGGUACUGACUUUAAGGACGGCUUGAGAUUUUUUGGGGUGCAUCAGACUGAUGUUGCAGAGUCUCAUAUUUCAAUUAUUGGUGGCAUUGGGAAGUAUAAUGCAGCAAAUGGCUAUGCAACAAUUAAAGCCGUGGGUGCAGGGUCUCAUGCUGAUCGGGAUGCAAAAGUAACCAAUAAGCUCCUUUUGGUCAAUGUAUAUCUGAGUUAG